AUGAGUUUUUACUCCAACUCUUAUAACCCUAACCCUAACCCUAACCCUAACCCUAACCCUAACCCUAACCCUAUUUUCUUCCAACCACCCAAUAGUGAGUCAUCAAGGUUUUAUAAUCAGGUCACAGUGAAACCAGCAGUACAUGAAAAGGUUAGUGUCAGUGAGUCAUCUUUGUUAGGUAGUGUCCCUGUUAAUGACAAAAAUGACCUUGUCAAAAGAAGACAUCUGGAAGCUUCUGUUCUUCAUUCACAAAAGAACCCUGAAAUUAAACCUUCUAAUUCCACAUUUGGUUCUUUCCAAUCUGAGAAUUCAACCACUUCUGUUGAAGAUUCUGUUAAAGAAGAGAUAAAUCCAGAAAAUAAGGUAGAUACUGUUUCAAGCUGUUCUUCAGAAGCAUUAAAGUCAACUCCUUCCAUGGAAGUCAACGAGGAGGUUUCAGAAACCACCAAGAAAGUGGUCCCUGUAGAUGCUAGUGAAGAAGGUGUAAACUCUAGUGAAAAAGUCAUCAGUGAGACAAAUCUUGAAAUUCCCCUUAAAAUUCAAGAACCAAAGGUCGAAUCUUUGGAGUCAAAAGAACAAGAAAAAGAUUCGAUUUUACCCACCAAUGAGGAGGACACUAACAACAGUGAUGAUCAAAUCUUGAAAUCAGAUAUUCAAGUUCUCAACACUGAAACUUCUUCUGAAGGUGAUAUUUCCGUUUCUGCCCCUGAAGAGGUUAUGGGGAAAAGUGGAAACUUAGUGCCUUCAAUGGAUACAUCUUUACCCGAUUCCACAAAGGCCAAGGGCAAUACUGAUGCUCAAGGGACAACAUCUGAUCUUUACAUGGCAUACAAAGGUCCAGAAGAAAAGAAAGAAGCCCCAUGUUCUGAAACCCUAGAAGAAGCCUCUUCAAUACCUCAAAAUCAAGAUAUUGAUGAAAAAGAAAAACAUGUCAACAAAUUUGAGCCUGAUGAUUGGGAAGAUGCUGCGGACAUUUCUACCCCUAAGCUUGAAACAAUUGAGAAUGAAGGAUUAUCCAAAAAGUAUUCAAGAGAUUUCUUACUAAAAUUCUCUGAACAAUGUAACGAACUCCCUCUAGGGUUUGAGCUCACACCCGAUAUAGCCGAGGCGGUGAUGUCAAAUCUUGCUGCCCGGGAGCCUCGGGCAGCUGCCCGGACACUUGACCGCCGCCCGAGUAACGUCGGGCAUGAUGACCGGUGGAGUAAACAAGGGCAAACGGGUAUGAACUUCACCGGAAAUGUCCCAGGAUUUAGGCCGGUUCAUGGCGGUGUUUUGAGAAACCCGCGGGCCCAGCCGGUGUUUUCCGGCGGGAUCUUGGCGGGCCCGUUGCAGUCACCAGGUGUCAUGCAAAGGAACAACUCAGAUUCGGACAGGUGGCAGCGUGUGAGUGGUGGAAAUAAUCAAAGAGGGUUAAUCCCGUCUCCAAACACUCCAAUGCAAGUGAUGCAUAAAGCUGAGAGAAAAUACGAAGUGGGGAAAGUAACAGAUGAAGAACAAGCUAAACAAAGACAAUUAAAGGGAAUUUUGAACAAAUUAACACCUCAAAACUUCGAGAAGCUUUUUGAACAAGUCAAACAAGUCAACAUUGAUAAUGCCAACACUUUAUCGGGUGUAAUUAAUCAGAUUUUUGAUAAAGCAUUAAUGGAGCCCACUUUUUGCGAAAUGUACGCCAACUUUUGUUCUAGAUUAUCGGUGGAAUUACCUGAUUUUAGUGAAGAUAAUGAGAAAAUCACUUUUAAAAGAUUACUUUUGAAUAAAUGUCAAGAGGAAUUUGAACGAGGUGAACGUGAAGAACAAGAGGCGAAUAGAACUGAAGAAGAAGGUGAAGUGAAGCAAAGUGAAGAGGAGAGAGAAGAGAAGAGAGUGAAAGCGAGAAGACGGAUGUUGGGGAAUAUAAGAUUAAUCGGUGAAUUAUAUAAAAAAAAAAUGUUGACUGAAAGAAUCAUGCAUGAAUGUAUAAAGAAAUUAUUAGGUCAAUAUCAGAGUCAAAAUCAGAAUCCCGAUGAAGAAGAUAUCGAAUCAUUAUGCAAAUUAAUGAGCACAAUUGGAGUAAUGAUAGAUCAUCCACGUACUAAAGAACACAUCGACGUGUAUUUUGACACAAUGUUGAGAUUAUCAAACAACAUGAAACUUUCUUCACGUGUCAGAUUCAUGUUAAAAGACGUAAUUGACUUAAGAAAAAACAAAUGGCAACAAAGAAGAAAAAUUGAAGGCCCCAAAAAAAUCGAUGAAGUACACCGAGACGCAGCCCAAGAACGACACGCCCAGUCCACCCGUUUGGCCCGCGGGCCGAGUUUCAACUCUUCCACCCGCCGGGUCGGACCCGGUCCGGGUCAAGGCCAUUUGUUACCGUCUCCGAAUUCGGGUUUUCGCGGGAUGGGUCCGGGUCGCGGGUAUAACCAGGAUGCGAGAUUUGAUUUUGAAAACCGGACUUUGUCGAUUCCGUUGAGACCGAUGAGUGAAAAUGACGGAAUUACCCUUGGCCCACAAGGUGGGUUAGCUAGAGGGAUGUCGGUUAGGGGUCACCCUAACCACCACCACCAACCCGAACCGAGUCCGAGUCCACGGGUCCCGGUUGGUCCGAACGGGUCGAGUCAACCGGGUUAUGACUCGCCUUCGGCUCGAGUGUGGGUCCCGGCUCCCGUUCAAGAUAAGGUGUGGCCGGAAGAACGGUUACGUGAUAUGUCAAUGGAGGCGAUUAAAGAGUUUUAUAGUGCGAGAGAUGAGAAGGAAGUGGCGAUGUGUGUAAAGGAAUUGAAUGCACCGAGUUUUUACCCUUCGAUGAUAUCGAUUUGGGUGAAUGAUUCUUUCGAGAGGAAAGAAGUGGAUCGGGAUUCACUCGCUAAGCUUCUUGUGAAUCUUGGAAAAUCUCAAGAUGGAAUACUAAAUCAAGACUCGCUUGUUCGAGGAUUGGAAUCGGUUCUUGGAGCGUUAGAAGACUCAGUGAAUGAUGCUCCGAAAGCAGCGGAAUAUCUUGGGAGGAUCAUCGGGAGGAUGCUCAUAGGAAAUGUGGUCCCGUAUAAGGAGGUGUGGCGGCUGAUAUAUGAAGGGGGGGAGGAGCCAGGGCGGCUGGUGGAGGUGGGACUGGCGGCGGAGGUGGUGGGGGUGAUUUUGGAGAUGAUUGAAGUGGAAAAAGGGAAUCAGUUUUUGAGUGGAAUUCGGAAAGAGUCUAAUCUUCGUGUGGAGGAGUUUCGGCCUUCAAAUAGUAAAAAAGCGUUGAGAAUAGAUAAGUUUGUUUAG